UCACGAUGGGGCACAGCGAAUCUGUAGCUGGUGGUCAAACAGCAAUUCCUACACAAGAGACCUAUAUGUGGUACAGAACUUUUAUGAUGGAACAUCCCUCCGGCUUACAAACACUACAUGAAUUUAAGACCCUUUUGGGUCUGCAGGGUCUGAAUCAACAGGCCAAUCACCAUAUUAACCAAGUGUAUAAUACUUUUGACAUGAACAAGGAUGGAUUUAUUGACUUUUUAGAGUUUAUUGCUGCUGUAAAUCUUAUUGUGCGAGAAAAAAUACAGCAAAAAUUAAAAUGGUAUUUUAAGCUGUAUGAUGCUGAUGGAAGUGGUUCUAUUGAUAAAAAAGAACUACUGGACAUCUUCAUGGCUGUACAAGCCCUCCGUGGACAACAAACUCUGAGUCCUGAGGAAUUUACCAACCUAGUGUUUCAUAAGAUUGAUAUAAACAAUGAUGGUAAGAGAACUGACUUUAGAAGAAUUUAUCAAUGGCCUGGAAAAAGAUCAGGAUCUUCUAGAGAUUGUUUACAAGAGCUUCGACCUUUCCAAUGUGCUGAAAGUAAUCUGUAA